UAGGUUCGGCUCUGGGUUGAUCUUUCAUUUCAUGUGUUUGGGCCUUUCUGUCGUUGGAUUGAGCACCGACUGAAUUGGGCUGAUUUCUACAUUGUUAUCUAAUUUGGUUACCCAAUCCAUUUGUCGAUCUUCUUCUUGGUGGCUACUGUUGGCUCCCAGCAACGGCUAUGUAUCUGACUUCAUGGUAUCGCCAGCUCCAUAUCAAACAAUCGAUUUAAGCCACCGUUUCACCACUGUAUUUUUGUUCUUUUGAUUUGAUGGCGAGUGCCCAAUGGCGGCAAUGUCUUGUUUCGUUCAAACAUUGGGUGCUGCCGUGAAGAAAGUUGCGGGAAAGAAAGGGUCAACCUGGUAUACUCCUCACAUGGCGGCGGCUUCUCGUGCCAUAGCGGAGCGGUUACCGUUGGUUGAUCUAGUCGUUGAAGUCAGAGAUGCAAGGGUUCCAUCGUCUUCAGAAUAUGAGUUGUUGAGAAACUGUGCACAAUCCCCAAGGCAUAUUAUAGUCUUGAACAAGAUGGACCUGGCAAAUCGCGUGCAAACUGAGGAGUGGAGGGCAUUUUUCGAACGACAAAACUACAUUUCUUAUGGAGUCAAUUCUCAUAAUAAGGAGGACAUCAGGCGGUUCCUGAACUUUAUACAAGCCCAAGUUAGAGAAUUGAAGAGGACUGGCCAUUCUAAUCAUACUACAACAGUUAUGCUUGUUGGGAUCCCUAACGUUGGCAAGUCUGCCCUUGCCAAUUCCUUGCAUCAAAUUGGUCGGAUUAGUGCUGCUGAGAAGGGGAAGUUGAAACAUGCAACUGUAACUCCACAGCCAGGGGAAACAAGAAAUAUCAGCAGCUUGAAGAUUGCCAGCCAUCCUAAUAUUUAUGUCUUGGACACCCCUGGUGUUUUGCCUCCCGAAAUUCCUGAUGAUGAGGUGUGCUCCAAACUGGCUUUAACAGGGGCUCUCAGGGACUAUUUGGUUGGGGAAGCAGAAUUGGCUCAAUAUUUUUUGGCUAUCCUCAACCUGAGUGAUGAAUACAACAAAUGGGCAAAACUGUGUACCUCUGAGAAUGAAAAAUUAUCAGUAGAUGACAAAUUAGAAACGUCAGGUGACUCUAAGUCGGACAAAAGACGGAAGGAAUAUACCACAGACCACACACAGGCCCAGAACUCGGGGAAGACGAUUGGCAGUGCUAGAGAAAUAAACGGGCUCUACUAUUUGGAUGGGGAUGUCUUGCGUAAUAAAAAAGCUCACAGGCUAAGUGUGCGUGAUGUUCGUCGAGCGCUCUUUGAGGCAAUUUCAGCCUUUCGUGAUAAUAUAGAAGAUGGAAAGGACUUGGUGAAACUUAUCGAAGCACAGUUCGUAGUCCUCUCAAAAGCCUUACGUGUGCCGGAAGAAUCAGAAGAAGGGACUCUUAGUAAGGUUGCCGCCAAGUUACUCAAUUUGUAUCGGACAGGAAGACUGGGGCAUUACACCUUAGACCCUGUUCCGAGGAAUUCCCAGUAAACUUUGCUCUGUGAUAUAACAUGCAGUGUUGUCUCUUUACCUUGUAGGAAGAGGUAUGUAGAGAUGCAAUUGUGGCUCAUUAAUUAGAUGAUUUCAUGACAAGGGGGCAUCUUUCCUCUGACCUUUGUAGUUUAAUUUGCCUAGUUUGAUAAAAUUAAUGCAAUAUAGUAUUUUUUUUUUUCCUUUGGACAUCUUCACAACUACAACUCAAUUCAACAAAUGGGGAAGUCCAUCUACCUUUACCUGCCCUGCUUCAAGUUAGUUUAACCUGUAAGCUAACCAAUAGGAAGAAUCACAGCUAGAAAUGCAUAUAUUAGAAACCAUUCCCUUACUUGUAAACCACUUUUAUUGGAGAUACCACGCAUC